GACUGUUGAAGAGAGAAACGGAUGCUGAUGAUUCUGCUGAUUCAACACACACUCAGUAGUAGAUUUCGCGACAUUUUUAUUAAUAUUAUUAUUAUUGUUUUUAUAUUUGUGAUUUAAAAUCUUUAAAAAUCGUUUUUAGGCCUGUGCUAGCUAGCUCUAACACCUAACCGUUAUUAAUUAAUUAAUAAAAGCCUGGCGUGUGACGUCACGCUUUUGCCUGUGAUUGAGAGUGGACAGGAAGGAGCGCUCGAGCUGCACGCCUUGGUCCCGCCCGCCCUCUCGAGCGCCUGACGUCACAGCAGAACCCUGACGCGCCGUGCGCUUGUAAACAGAUCCUCCCACGUGACCGGGUGAGCAGCGCGCGAGCCCGAGCCGCAUUGUCCUCUCUCUGCGUGCGGGACAGGAUAAACAACAACAACAUCAUCAACAGAGGCGGAUAGUUUUCUAAACAAACAAACAGGUACUGGAGAGAACAGGUGGCGAUGAGAAGAGAAGGAGGACAAGGAAUAAAGGAUAAAGAGUAAAAGAUAAAAGAUGAAGAGAGACGGGCUUCAGCGGAUCACACGGGCCGGAGUCAGGAGCGCGCGCGAGAUGUUUAUUUUAAUCUGUAGUUUUGACGGUUUUGACGGUUUAUUUUUAAAUUAACGGUCACACAAUAACGGACACGCUUCACCACGACGUCAUCGUCGAACUGACAUCGGAAAACGGAUUCGUUUUUCCUUCAUUUCUUCUCUUUUAAUAUUUCUUUUGUUUCUUUCUUUUUUUAGUCCGUGGAUUGUUUGAAGCUGCUGUUGGAUUGUUGUUUGUUUGUUGUUAGCCGCGUUAGCUAACCAUCUGAUGUCCUUCAGCAUGGAGGAGUCUCUGGAGUCCGGUUGGGUUUCGGUAAGGCCGAACGUCUUCGAGGAAAAAGAGAAGCAUAAAUUCGUUUUCAUCGUGGCCUGGAACGACAUCGAGGGCAAGUUCGCGGUCACGUGUCACGACCGGACGGUGCAGAAGCGCAGCGCGGCGGCUCGGGACUCGGUGACGGAGGAGAGCGCGGUUCCGCCGCCGCAGCCGCAGCAUCCUCCUCAUCCUCCUCAUCCUCAUCACGAUACGCGUCCCGUGGCCAAGCCCGCGCGCGGCAGCCCGAGCAAAACCAGCGAUCUCGAGAUCCUCGAGCCCGACGCGCGCUCCCCGGACCCGGACUUUGGUGACCCUGGUGACCCGGACUCCAGUGCACUCCUCGGCGGAGACUCGAGCUGGGCCGGCCUGUUCUCGUUCCAGGACCUGCGCGCGGCUCAUGCGCAACUGUGCGCGGUCAACUCGGACCUCGAGCCGUGCCUGCCGCCGUUCCCCGAGCUCGAGCAGCAGUCGGCCGUGUGGUCGGUGCUGUUCGGCGUGCCCGAGGUCACCCGGCGGGGCGACACCGAGGCGCUCUGCUACCAGCUGCAGGUCUACCUGGGACACGCGCUGGACACGUGCGGCUGGAAGAUCCUGUCCCAGGUGCUGUUCGCGGACGGGGACGACUCCGAGGAGUAUUACGAGAGCCUGAGCGAGCUGCGGCAGAAGGGCUACGAGGACGCACUGCAGCGGCAGAAAAAGCGCCUGCAGGAGCUGUUGGAGAAGCAGCGAGGUAUGGAAAGCAUGGUGGAGCUCCUGCAGUUGUACUCUGAGCAGGACGAGGCAUACAGCGAUCUGGUGGAGGCCACCACCGAACUCUACCACUACCUGCUGCAGCCCUUCAGAGACAUGCGAGAGCUCGCCAUGCUGCGCCGACAGCAAAUAAAGAUCUCUCUGGAGACGGAGUAUCUGGGUCCUCGCAGGGUCGAUGCACUCAGGAGGGAGGAUGAGGACUGGCAGAGGAAGGCCCACACGGCAGUGCUGUCGAUUCAGGACCUGACUGUGAAGUACUUUGAGACCACGGCGCGGGCGCAGAAAGUGAUGUACGAGCGCAUGCGGGCCGACCAGAGGAAGUUCGGGAAGGCGGCGUGGGGCGCAGCAGUGGAGCGCAUGGAGAAACUGCAGUAUGCUGUUUCCAAGGAGACGCUGCAACUGAUGCGUGCCAAAGAGAUCUGCCUGGAACAGAGGAAACAUGGACUGAGAGAGGAGAUGCAGGGGCUACAGGGUGGCGAGGACGCGGUGGCGCGUCUGGACCAGUUAGAGGCGCUGUACUACGAGUUGCAGCUGCAGCUCUACGAGAUCCAGUUUGAGAUCCUGAAGUACGAGGAGCUGUUGCUGACCGCGCAGCUGCAGAGCCUGCGCAGACAGAUGACGGAGAGGCAGGACGAGGUGGUUUACUACGACACGUACGAAAGUCCCGACGCCCUGCAGGACACCGAAGACACGUCCCUCGCUCCCGCGCCUCUGAGAGACGAGGUCACGCAGCUGCAGCAGAGGACGCGGCAGCUAGAGGCAAGGAGGGGACGCAUCACUGCCAAGAAAGCCUACCUCAAAACCAAAAAGGAAAUCUGCAUCGUCAAUCACACCCAGAAACUGCAGCAGCGCCAGAGCGGUCAGGACCUCGACUCCCAGCAUGCUUUGCGGCAGCAGGAUGAAGAAGAAGAGGAGGUGAGGAACACGCGAGUAAGUCAAGAGAGACAGAAGACAUUGGACAGACUGCGCAGCUUCAAACAGCGCUACCCAGGCCAGGUCACCCUGAAGUCCUCGCGGCUCCGACUAGCACACGCUAGAAAGAAAAACGGUGCAGCUCAAACAACCGCGAAGGCGGCGGCCCAGCCCCAGACGCAGGUGGCGAGCGUGCAGACGGACGACGCUCCGGCUUCCCUGAAGGACACCACCGCCGUCCCUGAGCUCCAGAUGCCUGAAGGAUUCAUGUCUUUACCCUCAAACAUCCCGCCGAUCCCGGAAACGCUCGGACCGUCCUCCCUGCCCCUGCUCACCGAGCGCAACGUUCUAGACUCGUCCACUUCCCCAAUUUCUCCCCCUCCUCCGCCUCCUCCUCCUCCACCUCCUCCGCCGUCCCUGGAGGACGCGCCCGGGCAAGGAAAGGGACAGGACGAGGGCAGCCCCGUGUCCCAACCCAAAGCAGAAAGUCCUCUCGGCCCGUUCACAGCCCGCUUCUUCGACAGCAGCCAGUUGGUGAACGCACGCAAAAAGCUGAGGAAGACGUCGUCUCUGGAGUCGUCCCAGUGGAGGAGAGCCUCCUCUCCUAUGGACGAGGUCCUGGCCAGCCUGAAGCGCGGGAGUUUCCACCUGCGCAAAGCCGAGCUGCGCGUUCUCGCCCCGGAUCCAGACCAGGAUGACGGGAACAACAUCCUGGCUCAGAUCCGGCGCGGCGUGAAGCUCAAGAAGGUGCGGCGUCAAGAGCAGCAGCGCUGUCCAGAAUCCCACGACCCUCUGACAAGGAGCAUCCACGAAGCCCUGCGGCGCAUCAAAGAGGCCUCACCCGAGUCCGAGUCUGAGGACGAGGGGCUGCCGUGCACCGACUGGGAGAGCUAGAUCACUCAGUAUACACUGACACACACACACAUUCACGCAUACAUACAUACAUACAUACAUACAUACGGUUCAGAAAUCAGUGUGUAUAUUCAUUUAUACAUACUUGAGACACAUUUAGUUGGUUGAUGGUGAAAUUACAGCACUGCUCGAGCACAUCAUGGCCGUCAGAUUUAUGAAGGAAAAGCUUUGAGUAUGUUGUUUUUGUAGCCUUGUACCCGAGACAUGGGCCUUGUUACAAACCCCCUAAGUCAGGCUCAGACCAUUGACCACACACCCACUGGGCUUGAAAAGCACAACCUUCAUACGCGCCAUCUCGUCUCCUUUCUCUCUUCCUCUUUUUCUCUCUCUGUGUCUCUCAGCUACUGGUUUGACCUCCAGUUGUCGGAUCUAGCUAUAUAUAUUUAUAUUCGAUGUUUUUUUCCCUCUUUUGACAUCAGGAGACUAUGCCAUUCUUCUCCUUAAAAAAAAACAAAACAUUAAUUUACAGUCAUGCAUUGAUCAAUUCAGGAACGAAACACAAUCAUUCCAGUGGUUUGGCUCUGAGCGAUAUCAGACCCUGAGUGUGGUCUCCUGAUUACAAUUCCUGAAGCGAGCCAUGUAUCCACAGCAGCUUUGAAACCCAUAUUUAAGUGUUUUUUUCCUUUUCUUUUUUUCUUCUUCCUUAUUUCCGUUUUUGGACGAUGUUGCGUUCUCCGGCUUUGCUUCUCUCUGUCUGGUUGAGAUGCAAAAGGAAAAGAUUGCAGUAGCAUGAAAUGUUUUUUAAUUAUUUCAUCAUCUUUAUUUACUGUCCCUUUUUCUCCAGUUUUUUUGCUUGGUCACAGUUGGAGAAAAAACAUUGUGCGUGCGUGUGUGUGUGUGUAGUGAUGCACUGACGCCACCUACAGCCAACGUCUUUAACCUACACUGCUCACAAGUGCCGCUUUUUCUGUGUGCGUGUGUGUGUUUCUUUACUCAUAUAUAGUAUUUCUUUUUAGAUUGGUGUAGGUUCCUUAUGUUUUUUUUUUCAUAUUCUCAUACUCACCAUGUUCAUUUUCUUCUUUAAGAGUCUGUGAUGUUUGUAUGUGAGUUAGCAUGUGUGUGUGUGUGU